GAGAGAGAGAAAAAAAAAAAAAAUCAGAGAUGGGAGUUGCCAAAUCUCACUCGCUCCCACCGACCUCGCUUCCAUAUGAUCAUGUCGUGCGCGAGGAUCGAUUCCUCCCAUGAACUGGUCGGAGAAGAAGAAGAAGGAGAAGGAGAAGGAGAAGGAGAAGAAGAAGGAGCUGCUCCUCGUCUUCUUCGUCGCUUGACCACGGCGUAACGUCGCGCACGUUCCUGUCCCGAUACGUGCUCGACGACGCGUUGACCGUCGCUUGUUGCUCCGUGAACUGAGGGGCUCGAUCGAUCGACGGGACUUCGGAUCGUGUUCGUGUAAUCUGUCGAGAUGCAUGCCAGGAACGACUGGGGCGGGUCGUUCGAGAUCAACGGCGACUCCUCGGCCGCGGAGGACGACCAGCGGAGCCGGGAGUGGGACCGGGCGGCGCUGCACCACCACCACCCCGAGCUCGACGAGACCCAGCAGAGCUGGCUCCUCGGCGGCUCGAGCGACCAGCGGCCCAAGAAGAGCAAGUACGUCGACCUGGGCUGCGUCGUCUGCAGCCGCAAGGCGCUCAAGUGGACCGGCUGGGCCUUCCUCGCCGCCUUCGUCGUGAUCGCCCUCCCCAUCAUCAUCGCCAAGACCGUGCCGCGGCACAAGGCCCGCCCGCCGCCCCCCGACAACUACACCGUGGCCCUCCACAAGGCCCUCCUCUUCUUCAAUGCCCAAAAGUCCGGGAGAUUGCCGAAGAACAACGGCAUCCCCUGGAGAGGCAAUUCCGGGCUCCAGGACGGGAACGGCACGACCGACGUGAAGGGAGGGCUGGUCGGAGGGUACUACGACGCGGGCGACAACACCAAGUUCCAUUUCCCGAUGGCGUUCGCGAUGACGAUGCUGAGCUGGAGCGUCAUCGAGUACAACCACAAGUACCAGGCCAUCGGCGAGUACAACCACGCCCGGGACCUCAUCAAGUGGGGCACCGAUUACCUCCUCCUGACCUUCAACUCCUCGGCGACCAAGAUCGACAAGAUCUACAGUCAGGUGGGCGGAUCUCGGAAUGGUUCGUCGACCCCGGACGAUCACUACUGUUGGACUAGGCCGGAGGACAUGGACUAUCCGCGGCCGGUGCAAGUCACUACCUCGGGGCCAGACCUCGCCGGGGAAAUGGCCGCGGCCCUAGCAUCCGCCUCGAUCGUGUUCCAGGACAACGCUGCCUACUCCAAGAAGCUGGUCAAGGGCGCCGCGACGCUAUUCGCGUUCGCCCGGGACUCCGGGAGGCGCACUCCUUAUUCCCGCGGCAAUCCUUACAUCGAUCCCUAUUAUAACUCGACGGGCUAUUUCGACGAGUACAUGUGGGGCGCGGCGUGGCUGUACUACGCGACCGGGAACAAGUCCUACAUCUCCCUGGCCACCAACCCGGGCAUCCCCAAGAACUCCAAGGCGUUCAAAAUGAUCCCGGACCUGAGCGUGCUGAGCUGGGACAACAAAUUGCCGGCGGCGAUGCUCCUGCUGACGCGGUUGCGAGUGUUCCUGAACCCGGGCUACCCGUACGAGGACAUGUUGAGCAUGUACCAGAACGUGACCGGCCUUACCAUGUGCUCGUAUCUUCACCAAUUUAACGUGUUCAAUUGGACUAAAGGAGGAAUGAUAGAGCUGAACCAUGGACAGCCACAACCGCUGCAAUACGUCGCCAACGCCGCCUUCUUGGCGUCUCUCUACGUCGAUUACAUGAACGCCACCGGCGUCCCGGGAUGGACCUGCGGUCCGAACUUCAUAUCGUCCGACACUCUUCGGAGUUUCGCUACUUCUCAGAUUAACUACAUUCUUGGCGCAAACCCAUUGAACAUGAGCUAUGUGGUCGGGUUCGGCUCCAAGUACCCGAAACACGUGCACCACCGCGGCGCGUCGAUCCCCAACAACCACGUGGUUUACUCGUGCACCGGGGGAUGGAAGUGGCGCGACACCCACAACAACAACCCCAACACGAUCAACGGGGCGAUGGUCGCGGGGCCGGACCGGUUCGACCGGUUCAAGGACGUGCGCGGGAACUACAGCUACACCGAGCCCACCAUGGCCGGGAACGCGGGGCUCGUGGCGGCGCUCGUGUCGCUGACGGAGAGCGGCGGCCGCGGCAUCGACAAGAACACCAUCUUCUCGGCGGUCCCGCCGCUCUAUCCCGUCAACCCCCCGCCGCCGCCGCCGUGGAAGCCGUGAGAGCGGCGCCGGCUGUAACAACCUGUAAUUUGCUCGAGUCGAUUUGUCCCAUACACUUCUUGUCAUAGCCCUUGUUUAUAUGUUUUGCACAUUUUUAAUAUUUCGACGGGCGAAAUGAGUGGAGCUCCGCUGCUCCAGAGUUAUAUAUGAAAUAUUAAAUUUUUUCUUUAAUAA